AAACUACAAAGAAGCCUCCACCACCUCAGACGCCAUCACCAUCAGAUCACGAUAGGACCCUUAAACCUGCUGUUCAACCUGAUGUCCCCAAGCCAGGUCCGCCUACAAAUCCUAGAGAUACUGAUAACCCCAAGCCGGGCCCACCUGCACAUCCUGGAGACACUGGCUACUUUGAAGAUUCAGAACUACUUGAUGGCAAUUUACCAAAAGGAGGCAGCGAUGGUAGUGACAGCAAUGAACGAAAGGGACCAAAUCCAGAUAGUAAAAAAGAAAAUGACGUUUCUCAGGGAGAAAUAGCUGGAAUUGUAAGCGCUGUGCUUGCUACUGUAAUUGGAGCAGUAUCUAGUUUCAUUGCUUACCAGAAGAAGAAACUCUGUUUCAAACAAAGCGCAGAUGAAGAGAAUGUGAAUAUGGAAAGCCAUCAGGGAGCGCAAUCUGAGCCACCUGGUAAGCAAAGAAUCUAG